AUGGGCCCACUCCAAAAGUAUGAGCAAUAUGGCAAAUUCCCUUGGAAACUUUUUGUACAUAUCAUAGUACUGCUUUUCUCUUCAGCACAAAUCCUCCUAAUUAUUAAUAUGACAGGAAUUUAUGCUAGAUCAAUGGGAAGAGUUAUCCUGAAGAACUUCUUUGAUGAAGAGAUUGAUUUCUCAGAAGUUGAUUAUGAUCAUCGCAAGUUUAUUUAUGAACAAGAAGAACUUAGAACCAUCAUCGCUGAUUCAGUAGCAAAUUAUUAUGAGAUAGCUGGUGAUGAGAGUACGUCCUUGGAAGAUUAUGGCCAUUUUACCAUCAUGAAUGAGGCAUCUCUAGAAGAAAUCAUUCUCCCUCCCAGACUUAAUGUGUAUUUUAUCAGAGGACAAGGUCGAAAGCAAUUUCAGAAUGAACUUGUUUAUAACCUCAGAGAGGAUGACCUUGGUCCCUUUAAUCCAGACUCAGAAAUUGACUUCCAAGAGUUCUUAUCUAAUGUUACUAAUAUCAAGAUUUUGUACAAGAUCAAGAGUUGUAUUCCUUCAGAUGUCACUACUCCUAUUGAUUGAUUCCAAUGGCAUAUUAACCAAGUUUUUGAUUUUGAUGCUAGAAAUCACUUCACCUUCAGUGUAGAUUGGGAGUAUAUAUACCUUGAUCUCUUUGGAGUAAAUGAACUAGACGGUACCACUGCUAAUUUCAUGACCACUUAUUUCUGGCUUAAUGGUCUUAACAUUGUGUUUGCAAUCUGGUCACUUUUUCUCCAAGUUAUUCAUUUAAGUGCUGUGUCUUCAGCUUAUACCAAAGUGAAAAUGCGUUAUAAAAGCUCGAAAGAAGGAAAGAGUAAUUACAGGAGAAAUCUCCAAAAGAAGAGGCAGUCAACUCUAGAUAAUCUUCCCUUUGAAGCCAACACUCGUAUCAACAAUUCGGUUACCAGCUUCAGCUCUCUCAAUUCACUAAGUUCUAUGGGAAGUAUUAGGCAAACAGAAGAUUCUGGAUCAAGGAUUGGAAGCAACAUGGGUAAAACAACUAUUUCAUCAGAAUAUGACGAAUCAAUUUCACUUGAUUGGAACUCACUUACUCUUUCUGAUAGACUAAAGAUAUAUAACCCAUGGACUUUCUUCAUAAUCUUUGGAGAUGUGUUAUUGAUAAUCGGAUCUGCCUUUUACAUUGUGAAUAAUGACCAGCCAUUCCAAGGAAAUAAUCACAUUCUCGGUCUCUCUGCCUUUGCUCACUGGGCAUCUUGUCUAAAAUACAUCGAAGGAGCAAAGGAUUACAACAUUAUAGCAAAUACCCUGGUGCACUCAGCCAUGCUUGUGCUUAAAGCAGUUCUAGGAAUAUUUCCUGUCUUCAUAGGAUUCGUCCUUCUUGGGUUAUGCUUCUUUAUAGACUCAAAUCUAUUUGGAUCUGUCUCCACAAUAAUGUAUGCUUUGUUCUCUCUAAUGAACGGAGACUCCCCGUUUGUGAUCUGGUAUGAUAUUGCACAGCACCACUUCUUAUUUGGAAGUAUCUAUAUGUACGUUUUCUUACUCUUCUCGAUUAUCGUGAUUGAGAAUGUAUUCAUCGUCCUCAUCGGAGAUGCUUAUGUCAAGAGCAAGUACUUACAACAGACUGACUGGAUCAAGGAGACAGAUCACUUGGGUAAUGUCAUACAGGAAGAUGAAGAAGCAGAGGACCCUCUUAAACCAUUCUAUAAUAAAACUCAGAAGGAAAUCGAGUCCAGAAAAGCACUAGUCAAGAUGUUGCAGGAAGAUAAGGAAAUCCUUAUGAAGGAAUACUACAAAGAUAUUCAGCAGGAAAAGUUGAAGAGACGUUCCUCGAAGGUCGAGGUUGAGGACAGUAUUGAGGAAGAAGAAAGUUCUCUGAAUGAGAGACUCCCACUGAGUACACUAGGCAUGACUCUUUUGAAGUAUCUUACUUAUCUUAAUGAGAAGUUCGAAGAUGAUAUUAACGAGAAAUCAUCAAAGUUCCCUUUCCCUGAGCUUGUCAAGAAGGAAAAAGAGGAUAUUUACGACAGGUACUGCAACUGUUACGAUAGAAUUCAGAAGGAAUUCAAAAAAUUCAAAAAGAGAAAACUUGGAUACCAAGAAAAGCAUAAGAACUUGGUCAAAGAUAUUAAGAAGAUUCAAAAGAUCGAAGAAGUGAAGGAAGAGGAUUAUUAA